AGUAUAUUAGUGUCCUGUGUACAAACACGUACUUAUUUGUGUAUAUAUAGGAAAUAUAACCUAAAACCAGUGGUCAAUCUGACUAUUAAAUAUAAUUUUUACUUUUUACUUUUUUGUAAUAAAUUUGUAAAAUGGGUAAAAAAAGAAGUGUUCAACAUUCAGUUCCGGAUCUUGUGAAGAUUGAAGUUAAAGAUGAAAUCGAUAGCAACGUGCUCAUGGCAAGAGACAGAUUUAGAGGCGCUUUGAGGGAAUUAUUGCAUCCCAGUGACGAAGGUUCGUCUGCAGACUCAGGUGAUGACACUCCUUUGAAUGAUUAUAGAAUGACUCCAAAGAGAAUGGAUUUAUAUCGCCCUAAGCAAAUGCUGAGCCAUUCUCGAAAAUUAAAAAGACGCAGACAGAUGCAUAUGGAUUCUGCAUUCCAUCACACUUAUGUUAUGAAACUAUUUGAUAGAAGUGUUGAUCUUGCUCAAUUUGAAGAAGAAACGCCACUAUACCCGAUUUGUCGAGCAUGGAUGGCUAAUCAACCUAGGAAUCCUAAUCUUGUACCAAAAGCUAGAAGUCCAAGUCCAGAAGUACCAACAGAAUCCAACAAUAUUGAGAAUUUAUUUGAUGCUAAUGGGGAUAUAAGGGAUAUUUUUUCAUUACCACCACCAGGACCUAGUGAAGAAGCAUUUCCAAGAAAUCGGAUUCCAUCACCAAUACCAGUUGAAAAAGAAGAACUUAAUCUAGAUUAUGAAGGACAGACAUUGAAAUCACGAGAAGCAUUAAUGAAAGAACACAGAGAACACUGGAGUGUUGUUAGGAAGAAAUGGCACCAACAAGCUCAUAAAAAUGAACAGCGUUUUAGUGAUAGUGCCACAAUUUUAGGGACAAUAUUCAAAAGGGCACAAUCAGAAUUUGACUAGCUUCAUUACAACUUCGUUUGAUAUUUAUAUCAAUAUAGGUAUAUUGAGAUAAAGUAAGAUUUAUGUAAUGAAAUCAUAGAUAAGUGGUCAAAUGUUUUAUCAAUUCAUAUUUGUAUUUUAAUUAAAUCUUAAAUGAUAAUUUUAAU